AUGUUCUUACCUGAAGCCACACAGUCGAUUAAAGCAGCUUUUCUAGAGGAAGAACUAGAAGAAUUUCGUCGCCUCUUGAUACCAGCAUCAGAGUCAGAAUUUUUCGGUGAGGAGGCACGGAAAUAUCUUUGUUCUCUGGAGGGUGUCGCGGGAAAGCUAUCAGAUUUUAAAGUUGCCAUCGAGGAAAACUUUCCGUACAGAAAUCGUAUUAGUGACUUUAACCAUAUGGAGCAUCCUGAUAUUGACUUGAUCCAUGAAUGCAUUGGCAAGCAUCCAGGGUUGCCUUUGGGAACCAAUGAAAAGAUCUGGGCUCAACAGGAUGCAAAUCCUCUCAAGAAGUACUCAGAUGGAGUCCUAACAUUUCGAGCUGGAAAAUCGAUCUUUUUCAUCUUGGAAGUGAGCGGAGGUCCGAAAGAAGCAUCUGCCACCAAGGUUAAGAAUGAUUAUGACAAAAUUAUUUGGUGCUUCCUGUUCCUUUUCCAAAAGAUUCUCAAGAAGAUUGGCGCUGUGACGGUUGAAGAUGCUGAAGGGUUGGAGCUGUGGGGGGCCCAAGUCGUAGGGGACCAAUGUGCAAUAAUCAGAUGCUUCAUCGGAUGCGAGUCAAGAUUCAUUGUUCAAGAGGUAGCAAGAUUCAACUUUCCAACAUCCGUAGACAAUCUGAAAGCUGUGGAUCUAUGCAUCAAGACCCUUGGUUUACUGAGAGUAAGUCAUGUUUUCAUUGGGCAAUACAAUAUUCUGGCAUAUACUCACAUGUAUUACAGCAUAACAUUGUUAAGAGCAUUGCACGUUUUGAGUUUCUUCAAAAUCGAAAUCAGAAGAGGAGUGAUGGCUUUGUCAAACUUUCGACCGGUAUUUCCUGCCACAAAUUGGACUAAGAAAUUUUCUGCGAUUGCUGUACCUCAUUUGCUGGAUAAGCUAUAUGUAUACGAUGAGGAAUAG